AUGUUUGGGACAUUCGCGUCCACGGAUGAAGCGUGGAAGUGGCGCAGCUCCCACAUCAACGACCGUCUCGACGAUGCCAGAAUUCUGGCCACUAUCCGCAAGCCAACUCAUGAUGACCCUUUCCAGUUCCUGGGCAUCAAAUGGUUCGCGAAAGAACGACCUGCAGUGCUGUCGAGUAUUAUGCAGCAACGCGACUACCUCAUCAUGGAGGCGACGGGGUUAACUCGUGAUUCCAAGGGCCAAAAGAUCGGCUACUACCUCAUGCACUCCAUCUCGCUGCCUGGCGUCCCAGAGCUCACGGAUCUCGGUAUCAUCCGUGCAAAGUUGAGCUUGUGCUUCAUCGAUCGCCAGAAAGGACCUGGUAAGGUCGAGAAAUACGCUCGAAACUACAGUAAUUCGGGAGGGAAGAUCCCGGACCGCGUAGCUGCAGCAGUCGGAGCUGACGCCAUCAUCAGCGCGUCUCGUGUUGUCGACUACGCGUACGUCAAGAAACUCACGUGGUUCAUGAAGGAGAAGGGUAAAGAGCAACGUGGAUCUCGUCGCGAGUCAGGACAGACGAAGCCCAAGCGCUGCGAGACGUGCUACAAGAGUUUCAGUAUGUUUGCACUCACGUCCACCAGUGCCUCGUGUCAAAUCUGCCGUCGUGCGAUGUGUGCCAAGUGCAGCGUUGUCAAGAAGAUGACCGUCGACGUGUCGAACACGGGGGAAGUCAAGCAAUGCACGCUGCGGUUCUGCUUGAAUUGCCUCAUGGAGGCAAAGGAGAAAUCCGUGUGGGAGAUGGCUCUCAGUGGCGUGGACACGGCGUCGGAGACCUCCUCUGCGUCUGGCUCAGGUUAUCGGUAG